AUGAUUUAUGAUUUAAUUCAUUGUCUUAUUUUACAGCAUUGUCACUUGACACAAGGCAUUAAUGAAAUUCGAACAUAUACAGAAUUGACAUCAAUUAAAAUCCCAAAUUUACUUCCACAACAACAAGCAUCCCAUGAUCAUGAAAAAUCAUCUGUUGAUUUUAUAUAUUCAGGACAGUGUAGUCCUUUAGCUGCUAUAUAUUCAACAAAUACUUAUAUAUUCCAGUCAUAUGUGCCUCAUUCAUCUGCAACAACAAAAAAAGAAAAUAUGGUGAAUAGAUAA